AACUGCAACCGUUGUAUAUGCAUUCCUGUUCCAUGCUGAACAUAAAAACAACUAGUAUAAACAAACACCGGUUCUUUUGUAUGUGAUUAAGUUAAUCGUUCUUUUUUUCACGAAUUGUCUACAAUUAAUAUUUGUUAUGGAAUCUCAUCUGCAGUUAAAAUUUGUUACAAAACAGCGGGAGUAUGCAGUUCCAGAUAAUCCAUUCUCAGUUCUUGAUUCAGUUUCAGUGAAAGAACUGAAUCAGUUGAUUAACUCAUUAUUAAAAGAUGGAAGAGAAGAUAAAACAGAUGAAGAAUUUGACUUUUUACUUCUUGGAGAAUUGGUUCGUUCUUCAUUGGCUGACCAUUUGGUAUCCAAAAAUGCUACAAGCGAAGCUGUCCUUGAGGUAGAAUACUUUGUUAAAUAUCCAACUCCUACACCGGACGACAGCUUGGCUCAUGAUGAUUGGGUUAGUGGAGUAAAUGCUACAAAAGACUGGAUUCUUUCAGGCUGUUAUGAUAACACUGUUCAUAUUUGGAGCAUUGAUGGUGAGCAUAAAUUAACUAUACCUGGUCAUUCAGCUCCUGUUAAAGCUGUUGCCUGGUUAAAACAUG